UAAAGGGACGUGUCUCCAUAGGGGUGGAAAUUAGCCUACAAAAAGGUAGAGCACCAGACAAGACUUUUGCUGCUGUCAGAGAGAAGUGACCAAAGUGAAGGCAAUUUAGGCUUACCAGGAAUGUAAACAGUGGGGGGGAAAUACCAUCAAAACCAAAGAAGGUUUAACUGGAUUUGUUUCCUUCAUUGGCAUACACGUGGUGCUUCGGAUCAGGAAACCAUGAGGAGCUUUACUCAAAUGCUGGGAAACUGGAUUAGUUUUCCUUACUUGGAAGAAUACCUGAGCUCAGUGGCUCUCUCUUGGUGGUUUUGUAAUCUUCUGAUUUUGCCUUGUUCAAUAUUUAUAAUAAUAUAUUUGUUUGUCUGUGCUAUCUCAUUUGUGAUGUAUGUCCACAAGAAGAUGAAUAAUCAGCAAGAAACUGAUUUUGAUUCCAAAUGUUGGAAAAAGCCAAAGCAAGUUGCUUGUCAGAUUUUAGAUAUAUAUGGAAAGAUAUGGCAUGGUUAUGAAGUUUUUGGCAUGGAACAUCUCCCUAAAGGACCAGGGAUUGUUAUCUUUUAUCACCCAGUUUGUACUAUUGACUAUUUCUUGUUUGUCGCUAGACUUAAUAAGGAGACAGAGAGAGAGUGCUUUACAGUAGUUGAUCAUUUCAUAUAUCGGUUUCCAGGAUGGAAGACGACUUGUGAUGCCUGUGGGAUGAAAGAUUUCAAUAAAGCUGAAUCUGUGGAAAUUUUGAAGAAAGGCCAUUUACUGGGCAUUUCCCCUGGUGGAGCUAGAGAAGGAAACUUUAGUAAGGACUACAACAUAAUGUGGGGUAAACGCACAGGUUUCGCUCGGGUAGCUUUGGAGGCAAAAGUGCCCAUCAUCCCUAUAUUUACACAAAACAGUUGUGAAACAUACAGGAACAUUGGAAACACAAGGUUGACAAGAUGGUUAUAUGAGAAAACACGAAAUAUCUACCUUCCCAUGUAUGGAGGAUUUCCAGUGAAACUGAGAACAUAUAUUGGAGAACCCAUCCCAUAUGAUCCAAAUAUAACAGCUGCAGAGCUGGCUGAAAAAACAAAGACUGCAAUUGAAAAUCUUCGGGAUAAAUACCAAAAAAGGCCAGGAAGUAUAUUAAGAGCUCUUUCAGAACGAUUUGAUAAGCAUUACAAAGCUAACUAGUCCAUAUAAAACAGUUGCCAUGUUUCUGACAAGAUUUCUGUAAUAGGAACAUUAAUAAUUAUGGUAUUAAAGCUAAAUACACAGAA